AUGUACAAAGAUACGACACACCUCAUGUGUGGAUCGGCAGUGCAUCUAGCGACACAGAUUGGUCUGCACAUAGCAGGUGUUGGCCAGGAUUUUGCUAGGACGCCGCUUGAGAAGGACCAGUCACUCAAGGUGCAACGCGCCAGGCUCUGGCUGUGUUGCGUCAUCGUUUCCAUAAGAACGAGCUGUGUUGAAGGUAUACCACCUCUUGCUGAGUCAUUCUUCGAUGGCGAUGAACAAGACCGUGAAGACAUGGUUCCAUACCUCCCGUCUGACCUGCAGUUCCUGCAUAAAGUCUACAUCAUCCUCAUGCGUGCCAUGGUUGCCAUGGGCAAGACCAACUUACAAUCCAUUCAUUGUGAUGUCCGUGUAUUACGAUCAUUGAUUGGCAUAUUCGACUCGCAACUCCUCAGCUUGGCCCCAUCCUCUCCAAGUGAACUCGACACCCUGCAACUUAGCUGUGCACGUAUUCACGUAAUGGCGUUCCAUUUCUUCGCCCACCCUACGAACCCUGGACCCGAUGCCGAGGGUCUUUCACGAUUCUAUUCCCUUUGCAUCUCAGUUAUCCAGUCCGCUUCGACAAUGCAGACGACACAAAAGAUCUUCCUACCCUCUGUCUCGCAAUCAUUCAUUGACCGAACUAUUACUCUGGCUGGGUUUACCAUUCUUAGACUCGUUCGAAGUCCGCUUGCUCAACAUCUAGAUGUACUUGCGGGCGAGCGAGCUUUCUCACAGGCGUAUGAUUUUCUCAAGAACGUCUCUUUACAACCAGGAGAUAUCCAUUUCCGAACUGCGCACAUCAUGAAGGAUUUGUGGGGUAGCGACAAGGUGUUCCGUAAGAAGGAUGGCCGUGUGGAAUCGCUAUAUCUGAGGUUGAGGACGCGAUUGAGCAUGAGCAUUAGCUACGACAUGUUCUGGUACUGGCGAGAAGAGUUCAGCAACAUGAAGAAUCCGUACGGCGAUGAAGUAACUCUUUCACACGAGAACGUCCAACAGAACCCACCUCAAUACCCAUCCCAACAACAACAGCACCCACAGCAGCACCAGCAGCAACUUCCGGAUCCAUCGAUGAGACAGCAACAACUCCCGGUGACCAAAUUCGACCCCAGCUUGGUGAAUCCUCAGAUGCAACAAGACCCGUCCGUAAUAAGCUUCGAUGCCUGGGAAGGUCCAGACUAUGGAGUGCCGCCAAUGCUUGAUCAAUUUCCCGAUUACGACUGGGCGGCCGGAUUUGAGUUCUCGAAUGCGGAAAUGCCCAAUGUGCCGGUUGGUCCUAUGAAUCCUAUGAUGACAGCACCAGGGCCUGGAGGCGCACCGAACAUGGGAUACACCUACGGUUAG